UCACAAUCAACAGGAAACGACGACGAUCAUGACGAGCAGAGUUGUGAGCUACAUGUGGUCGGUAUUCGUGGCGCAGUGGCCGACGAUUGCCAGCCACACCGAAGCUGCCAUUGAGCGCAUCCGUGUGUCCGAGUUGAGCGAUGCCAUCCGGGACUUGUCGUCGUUCUCACUGCGUAUGUUCCUUCGGUUUAUGCAACUCAUGACAGCGCUGGUGUUGCUGCUCACGUCGGCGUCAGCCGUCUAUGCCUGCGUGUACUACGUGAUAAUGCCGACCAAGAUCUUGCAACGACCACUGUACUUUGACUAUGGCGUCCACAGCCUCGUGCUCCACGCGAACGAGCACGUCCACUACACCCACCGGGACAACCCUGCCGCGUCGACGAUUCAACUGCCCACCGCAACUCUCGACUUGACCACUGGAGCAACCGGCCGGGACCAAUGGACGUACAUCGACCCUGACGAUGCUGGAGAGGCGGACAACCGAGGCGUCCUCACGCCAGGAGCCAAGUACGACGUCGUCGUGGACUUGGAGCUUGCGGAGUCUGACACGAACGUCGACAUUGGGAUGUUCAUGGUUCGAACAGAAGUGCUGUCCCCUGGCAACGUUGCCACUGCUCGAAGUGCGCGUCCGGUGUUUGUGCGACCGGGUCACUGGGUGGUCGACCUUAGCGCUCGUCUCGUGUGGCUCUUUCCAACUCUAGCGCUGGGGCACCACGGUCAUACGAGCCAGGCUCAAUCCAUUCUGGCCAUCAACGGAUAUAAGGAUUUGCGGCAUCGACCGCUGACAGCCGUCCGUGUCGAGCUCAGCCAUCCCCGCGUUCAAAUUGUCCGGGCGUCGCUGAGCAUCGUGGCGCAGCUCUCGGGUCUACGGUACCUCAUGUACCACUGGUUUGCCCUCACGUCGACGAUCGCAAUCGCCAACAUUGCAUGCGCUGAAGUGUUUUGGUGCUUUGUCUUGUACUUGUACUUGACGUGUCCACCGGUCGAUCAACUAGACGAUGCCUCGAACGACGACGACAUAGACCAAGACGAGCAGCAGCUGGAGGGUCUCGCCAGCGACGAUGGGGCAGACGACGACAGCCAUGACGACAGCCGUGCGUUCUGCGACCCCGACGACGCAACUAUCGUGCAAGCAUUCGAUGCCGCCGCCUUCACUCCCGAGAGUACGGCCCACUUGCGCCAGCGGCAGUCGUCGCUCCAGCGAGCUGCCAAAGCCAUCUAAUCGAAACGAUCGUAUAGCACAUCCAUACACUCGUGU